UACCCAACCCAGCCUAUUCGCGGUUCCGCUGAAGCUUGGAAGGUUUUUAACUAGGGUUUUCUAAAACCCGAUAUCUGCUAACUAUUUUUCUCCUCUGUUUCAUUAUUCUUUCAUCGUUAAAAUCACAAAAUUUCUUCUUUCUGAAACAAUCCCAUUGCAGAAACGAGUGUUUCCUUCAGGAUUUUUUAUUUCUGAAGCUCAGUUAUAUAUAAAUCAAUCGGUUGGAGAUAAAUUAAUGGAUGAGAAGGGAGGAAAUAAUAGUGUGAAGAAGAUAAUGUCACCUUGUGAUGUUGAGGCUCUCAAGAAAUGCUUGGAAGAGAACAAAGGGGACUACGUUAAAUGCCAAUCACAGAUUGAAGCUUUUAAGUCUUCAUGCUCUAUCAAGAAACCGAAUUCGGAACCGAAGCUCAAGACUGGUGUGGUCUCUGAUCUCUGAAUUUGCAGUUGUUGAAUUUGAACUUGAACUGUAACCCAUUUGUAUUAUCUUAAAUUAAUUUUCUUUCAUAUUUGGAAAUUGAAUUUGGAGGAAGCUGUGGAGUAGUACAAGUCUACUUCUAUUUGAUGUCAAUAAGUGUAGUAGCUGAGCUCUAAAGAAUUAAAUAUGUUGUUUUAAAGUUGUUUUUUAUUAAUGAAAUAAAAAAAGUUUACCCCAUUUACUAGCUUAAUGUAAUUGGUUUUGUUCCAUUCAAUGAGAUUUUAUAUUCUGAUAUUGUGUUGGCUUGGCCCUAAUAGGGUUAUUGUUUGUUGUAAUGGUAAAAGAUCAGGCUGCCAAGUUUACGAUAAGAACCGAGCUAGUUUGUUCCAUUUUUUUUUUCUUUAAUAAAGGCUAUACAUGGAAUAACAGGGACCUUAUGGAGUCUAAUUUGGGGUUUCUAUGAACUAAGCUUUCAAAUGAUCCAAGUUAGUUCUAUCGAUUGAGGAUCUUAGUGCUUUUAUUCUAAACAGCACAAAAAGUGACAUUGAGGUUUGUUUGGCCAUAUAAAGCAAUAUUAAUUUCACAGAAAUGAGUUUCCAUUUAUCAAUUGAAUGUGUUAUCUCUAUUGUUGCAUCCAUCAUUCAACAUUUUAAAGAAUUGAAACUCAACAAUGGAUGCUGCUAUGUUACACCACCUCUGGCUCUAAACAAAGCAGUUUAGUUUAAACAUUGUUAACAUAUAAAUUAAUAUCACCUUCCAUAUUACCCACUGGGCCAUAUAUUUUGAUACUCAGAUAACCACGAGCACUGUGCAAACAACAAUAUCUGAUUUGUGAUUCUCCAAGAUACCUGAGGUUCACCCUUAUCAUCUUUGUGUUCCCUUUUUGUUUUUAUCUUCACUCAGUUACUCCAUAAAAAUGCCAUUUACUUUUGAUUUUAUCUUUCUUUGCAGUUGUGCAAGUACACAAUGAAGUUAACAGCUACAUAGACAGCCAUGUGGUUAGGUUCUAUACAGGCAAUUUUUGUGACCUCUUGGGUUACAGUUGAAAAAACUCAACAGGAUUAAAUUGUUGUGUUCGCUUUCUCUGCACAAUUCUUAGUUUUUGCAUAUACAGUAAUUGAAUUAAUUCAUGUUGCUAGAGAAUGUUGUUAAGUGAUUUGAAGGUUGGUAUGAGUCUUUUAUCAUAAUUUUAAUUUGUUUGAGUUUCCUUUUUUUGGCAAUUCAGUAGAUUUAAUUUAACAUUAAAUUGUUCACUUUCCUCAUAUAAUGGUGAUUUGAAGUUCGUGGCAUAUGUGUAUGCAAAAACUGAGAUUGGCCGUUUAUUUAUGGUUUUAUUUUUUAAGAUACAAAAUCUGCAACCAAGUAAUAAUGUUGCAGAUCUACCAUUAAUUCUAAAAAAGUGUAUGUUUGUAUUUGAUGAACAUUUCUAACAAAUAUCGGGUGUAUGUCCUCCUGCCCACUGCAAAUUGAAUGUAGGCAAUGCAGGAACAGCUGUGGUUUCAUUAGUUUACUUGUGGGGACUGUUGAUUCUUUCUUUUUCUUUUUCCUUUCUAGAUUGGAGUAAACACUAAUUUAAUUUGUCUUAGUGAGACAACCAUGAAAACAGGAAUUUUUUUCCUCUAUUACCUGAAUUUGUUUGUAUAAAAAAUAGCUUACCUAAAAGUCAUACUUGUUUGACAUAGUGAUGGGGUUAGCAAAGACUUCCUCUGGAAGAAUCUAAGCUCAAGAGCCUAUGAGUAACAGAAUUGACAAAGGACAGAUGACCAGCACACUUCCAUCAUUCCUGCCUGUUGCCGCCCAUUUGCUUACAAAUUAACAAAUCCAAGCAUCCUCCUCACUGACCUUCUUCACACACAAAUCCAAGAAAAAAGAAUAUUCCUUCCAGAAGUAGCAAAAUUGUAGUGUCAACCUUUACAUUAAUGCCUUUCUAUGAUAUUUGUACUUGAAAACUAUAAACUUGCCCCAAAGCCUUGGUCACAUCAAUAUAGUAAUCAGUACUGAUAAUAUAUAAAUACCAUUUAUUUAUGGUUGCCUCAUAAUUCAUAUAUCAUUGUAUUGGUGUGUAUGCUUUUAUAUCCGUUGAUCUGUUCGAGUGAGUUACUUGUUUCUCAUCUCAUUUGUGCUUUUGAGUUGAUCCUGAUCGAGAUUUUCAUAAAUGCAUAUCAUAUGAUACAAUUCCCUGAUAUUAAACUAUACUAGUAGAAUUCUGUAAUUGCAUAUAAAUGUAUUUAUUAUUAAUCUAUAGUUUUAUGCAUUGAAUAUUUGUAUGUCUAUAUGUAUAAUGCAUUUCUCUAUAUAUCUAACCAACUAGCUUCUUUAACAGCCUAACCCAACUGAACAAACUGACUUAUAUCUCAUAUUUUAAACAAUAAUGUCUGGAUCUCAGACUUCCAUAGCACUUCCUGUUUUUGACAUCUCGCAGCCCUUUAACCCAUCCUUGCUCUCCUCCCUCUUUCUAGCCUGCAAAGAAUGGGGUUUCUUUCACAUCAUCAACCAUGGAAUCUCCAAGGAGCUUUACAGUAAACUCUGUUCCCUUUCAAACCAUCUUUUCAACCUCCCUGCCGAGAUGAAACUCAAAGCUGGUCCCUCAUCAACAAUCAAAACCUAUACUCCUCAUUUCAUUGCCUCCCCUUUCUUCGAGAGUCUAAGGGUAUCUGGACCCAACUUUUUUGCCUCUGCCAAGAGUUCCGUUGAAGUCCUCCUUAAUGAGCCAGAUUCAGAAUUCAGUGAGAUAUCAAAAGAGUACGGGGACCAGAUGACAAAGCUAUCAAAAAGAAUUGUGGAGCUUGUACUGAUGUGUUUGGGGAAUGAUUUUGAGAGGAAAUUUGAAUCUGAAUUCAGUGGCUGUCAUGGUUAUUUGAGAAUUAUCAACUACUCGCCACCCGAGUUCGUUAUGGAAAAAGAAGUUGAGGGUCUUGGCAUGCACACUGACAUGAGCUGUGUAACAAUUGUCUAUCAAGAUGAGAUUGGUGGUCUCCAGGUGAGGUCAAAGGAAGGGAAGUGGAUGGAUAUAAAUCCGUGUGAAGACACUCUUGUGGUGAACAUAGGGGACUUAAUGCAGGCCUGGAGCAAUGGGAAGUUGAGAUCUUCUGAGCACAGAGUCGUUUUAAAGCGAUCUGUUAAUCGAUUUUCUCUUGCUUUCUUUUGGUGCUUCGAAGAUGACAAGCUGAUAUCUGCACCUGAGGAAGUAGUGGGUUACGGGAAUUUGAGGCUCUACAACCCGUUUGUUUGUGCUAAUUAUUUGAAAUUUCGAGAGAGCAGUGAGAAAGGGCAGUUCGAAAAAGUUGGGUUUACAGUGAAAGAUUUUGCAGGAACUGGAGGAUGAAAGCUUUCAAUAUAUUAUGGUACAUUAUUAUUCAUUGAUUGAUUGUGUGUGUGAAGGUGUUCUGAUUGACGGAAAAUAAGAGAUUGAGAAUUAAACAAGACAGUUAAUUGUGUCUGCUAAGUGGGAUUUGGAGUCCAGGUACUUUUAAUCAGUAGUUCCUUGGGAUUGUUCAUGAAUUAUAGCAUUCAUCGAAUUUGGUGGCUCAUUUGUUUAUUUGUUCCUAUUAAUGACAACCUCUUAAGAUU